AAAUAACAUUUCUCUGAAUCAUAUACUAAAACACAACAAACAAAACAUCCAAGAGUUUCUCCUCCAUUUCCAUCUAGCUAGCAUCAAUUCCGAUGGCGACUUCUCAUCAUCACCAUCUCACUUUUCUAAUGUUAGCAUUAUUCCUCACCCUAAUUUCCCACACACAAUCAAACCUUAGUCCUCAAUAUUACAACAAGACAUGCCCACAAUUCACAAACAUCGUCCAAAGAAUCAUCGUCGACAAGCAACUCUCCAACCCUACAACCGCCGCCGGCGUCCUCCGCCUCUUCUUCCACGAUUGCAUGGUCGGUGGCUGUGACGCCUCCCUCCUCAUCGCCUCCAACUCUUUCAACACUGCCGAGCGUGACUCCGAUAUCAACCGCAACCUCCCGGGGGACGCCUUCGAUGUGGUGGUGCGUCUGAAAACCGCACUCGAGCUAGAAUGUCCGAACACAGUCUCGUGUUCGGACAUUAUGGCGACUGCAACACGUGACCUAAUCACAAUGGUGGGAGGACCCUACUACGACGUCCAGCUAGGCCGCAAAGACAGCCUUGUCUCACGCGCCUCAGAUGUCAAAGGUCAUAUCGCACUGCCCAACAUGACCAUUGACCAAAUAAUCUCAACCUUCGCUUCCAAAAACCUCGACGUGGAGGAUCUCGUUACGCUGUCCGGGGCCCACACCAUAGGAUUCUCACAUUGUUCGGAAUUUGCCAACAGAAUCUACAAUUUCAGCAAAACGGCGUCGGUGGACCCCACACUACAUCCGAAGUACGCGGAAGCGUUACAAAAAUUGUGUGCAAAUUACACCGUGGAAUCGGGAAUGUCGGCAUUUAACGACGUUAUGACACCGGGAAAAUUCGACAACACGUAUUACACGAACCUGAAAAACGGUAUGGGUUUGUUAGCUUCGGACCAAGCUUUGGUGUCCGACCCGAGAACCAAGCCGUACGUGGAUCUUUACGCGCAGAACCAGACCGCAUUCUUCGACGCUUUCGCGCGCGUGAUGGAAAAGGUUAGUGUUUACGAGGUUAAAACGGGAAAUGAUGGAGAAGUGAGGAAGAGGUGUGACGCUUUCAAUAGUUUGAAAGGGAAUAAUAAUAAGAAUGACGAAAAGAAGCAUACUGUCAGCUAAGGUGCGAACACCCAUACAUGCAUGGUGUACAAUGCGGAAUUGUGGAUGAUUAUAAAGAUCCUAAACAUACUUACAUGUGGUGUUGAUUUAUUUAGGGAAUAUGUUAUGGUUUAUAUAUUUGGAUGUUUAGCUCUAUAUAUUACCUAUAUGGUGAGGAG